AUGCAGAAGACGGAGGAAACCGCUUUGAACCCAUCAAAGGUAGCAAAAGAUACGAGAGAUGCCGAAGCUCAAACUCCACCCAAACCCAAGAGCAAACACAGGCGUAGAAACAUUUGCCUUGGGGUGACAGCCGCCGUCAUCGUGGUUUUCGUUCUGGUGGUGGUCAUCUUAGCAUUUACAGUGUUCAAAGCCAAAGAACCCUCCACCACCGUCGACUCAAUCACUCUGAAUAACCUCCGUGUGUCUUUAGACUCCGCCAGGAUGGGAGUCAAUCUAAAUAUGACGUUGGACGUGGAUCUCACCGUUACGAAUCCAAACAAGGUGGGCUUCAAGUACAAAAACGGUUCUGCUUUGUUGGACUAUAAAGGUGAAGUUUUUGGGGAAGUUCCAAUUCCCGCCGGAAAGAUUGGAGCCGAUGAUACCAAACCCAUGAAUGUAACAGUUACGGUGAUGGCUGAUCGCUUGCUAUCCAAUUCCCAAUUAUAUACAGAAGUUUUAUCGGGUGUCAUGACUGUGAGCACGGUGAUAAAGAUUUCUGGAAAAGUGUUGAUUUUUAACAUAUUUAAAGUGAGUGCAGACACGACAACCACCUGCGAUAUUACUGUCUUUAUUUCCAAUUCUACGGUUGGAGAUCAGAACUGCAAGUACAAGGCAAAGCUGUAG